AUGGCUAGCCCACAGGUUCUAGUUUUCGAUGCUGAGGGCCGCCCAGUGAAGUUUGACACCUGGCUCGAUGACCUGCACCUCUACCUACAGCUCACAGCCAAGGACGACAUCUCACUGUACGACCACGCCCUAGGCCAUAUCACUGCCCCUGCUGCUACUGCUGACAGCACUGCUCGCUCACAGUGGCAGACUCGUGAUGCCCACGCUCGCUUUGCUAUUCCCAACUCCCUGCCGAUAGACGAACGCGAGCACUUUGGCCAGCACAAGACUGCACAGGCAUUGUACACAGCUGUCGUUGCUCGCUACUCCUCACCUGCCUCUGCCGCGCUAGGCCGUCUCUCCCUCCCCUACCUGUUUCCCGACCUGGCCUCGUUCCACACAGUCGCUGACCUCAUCACGCACCUCCGUACUAGUGAGGCCCGCUUCCGUGCCGCCAUGCGUGUUGAGGACCACUUGCUCGCUCGCUGCCCCACUGAGCUCACCACUGCCCUCCUCGAGAAGGAACUGCUUGCAGCUGAGACUAGCAUAGUCGCUGUAGGUGCCUCUCGUGGCGAUCCCCGUACCCCGUUCUUUCAGGGGUGUUCUCCUUCCCCCAUUCUUCCCUCUGUCGCCUCUGCUGCUGUUGUCGACCUCCUUGGUGCUGAGAAGGUCGGUACUGCAUCUGCUUUGAGCGAGCGCCGCGGCGGCAAGGGCAAAGGGGGCAAGGGUGGUGGCGGUGACGGCGGGGGAGGCGGUAGUGGAGGCGGUGGAGGCGGUGGGGGUGGUGGCGCGACUCGAGGGGCUAGUGGCAGCGGUGGGGGUGGUGGCGGCAGCGGCGGGGGAGGUGGGAGGGGCGGAGGCGGUGGUUGGGGUGGCGGUGGACGAGGCGGUGGCCGGGGUUGGGGUGGUCGAGGAGGUGGUGGCGGCGGUGGUGGUCGUGGAGGCGCUGGCGUUGGCCAAGGCCACCAGCACACUCCGUCACCCCAGGAGGUCCGUGAGUGGUACUCUCUGCACGGGGGGGGGGGAAGGGGGGGGGGGGGGGUGUCCUUAGCUGCACGUACGUUAUUCACACUGGUGACCGCAUUGUUCCCUCAGGCCACUGAGCUGCCUCGCUGGAUUGAUCUCCUGAAGAAGGGGAUUGAUAUCUAUGCUCUAGACUUUGAUGCUAUUCUAUCUGCUAUGUAUGUGAUGUCUACUAGUGGAGAGGGUGCUGAGUACCUGUGUGUGCCGCCCGACCCGGGCAUUAGGACUAGUGCGUCUGCCGCUCCAGGUACUUGCGUGCCGGCUACCCCAGGUGCUGGUGAGGCAGCUGCUCUAGGUGCUUGUGCGUCUGCCCCCCUUGGUACUGAGUCGACUGCAGCACUGCACACCUUCACACUGGACUCAGGUGCUUCUCGCUGUUUCUUUUGUGACCGCACUGCCCUUGAGCCGCUCGCUCGGCCAGUUGCUGUCUCCCUUGCUGACCCCUCUGGGGGUCCGGUCAUUGCGACCUCUUCCAUUGUCCUUCCCUGUCCUGCGGUCCCGUCGGGCACACUGUCAGGUCUCCACCUCCCCUUGUUCUCUACGAACUUGGUGGCAGGAUGUGCGCUCCAGGACGGGGGUGUUCACGAGUACAUCCCUGCCUACGAGCGCGUGACACACUGUACGUGUGCUCGUACGGGCCGUCACUUGGCUACCUUCACUCGGCAGCCGGGGUCGGACCUGUACACACUGACUACUGAGUCCCCUCAGGUUGCUGCGUCUGCGUCCGCGUCAGGUCAGCUGUUGGCCCCCUGCUCGUGUCGCGCUCGGGCGCACGAGACUGUCCUCUGGCACCACCGCCUUGGCCACCCGUCUGUGCAGUGGCUUCGUGCCAUGCACUCCCGGUACCUUGUCUCUUGCGUGUCCAGGUUCCUUCCUCCCCUCCCACCCUCACCUGCUCCUACCUGUCUCCCUUGUGUCGAGGGACGGCAGCGCGCUGCUCCUCACUCCUCCUCGUUUCCCCCGACGACUGCUCCCUUGCAGACGCUCCACAUGGAGGUGUGGGGCCCAGCCCACGUGCGUGGUCAGGGUCAAGAGAGGUACUUCCUGAUAGUUGUUGAUGACUACUCGCGCUACACCUCGGUCUUCCCCUUGCGCACCAAGGGUGAGGCCGCCUACUGUGCUAAGCACGACAUUGAGCAGUCGUUCACGCUUCCGGCCUCUCCACAGCAGAAUGGGGUUGCGGAGCGCCGCAUUGGCCUGGUCAUGGAGGUCGCCCGUACCUCCUUGAUCCAUGCGGCUGCCCCCCACUUUCUGUGGCCGUUUGCGGUCCGGUACGCUGCGCAUCAGCUCAACCUCUGGCCCCGUGUCUCCUUGCCGGAGACCUCGCCCACACUUCUGUGGACGGGGGAGGUUGGCGAUGCGUCACGUUUCCGGGUCUGGGGAUUUCGAGCUUUUGUCCGCGAUACGUCUGCGGACAAGUUCUCCUCCCGUGCUGUUCCCAGCUUCGUCCUUGGCUUUGUCCCGGACGCGUCUGGUUGGCAGUUUUACCACGCCACCUUGCGCCGAGUCUUGCCCUCUCAGGACGUCACUUUUGACAAGUCCGUCCCCUACUACCACCUCUUCCCCUACCGCACUGCCCCGCUCCCCCCCCCCCCCCCCGCCUUUCUUUCUCGCGCCAGGUGCUAUUGUUGUAGACCCCCUCCCCCCUCAGGGUGCCGCUCCCUCAGCUGUGUCUCAGGAAGACCCGGUUGA